UUUUACUCUCGAACUGCAAGUGGGAGGCCCUUUUUGAAGUAAAAUUGCAUGUUCUUGUCAGCACGGGCACAGCAGUUCCUGAGUUCCUCCUCAUCUCUCCCUUCUUCUCUCGGCCGGAUUUGGUUAGGCGGCCAAAUCCGUCGGCCGGAGUCGGCGUCCGCAGGUCCUGAUACCGUACGAUCUCUCUCUCUCUCUCUAUCUCUCUCUCUCCUCUUUCUUGAUUCAUGCGCCUGAUUCCAAUCCGAAACGGAACGGACUAGUUCCAGAUCUUCCCAUCUAUGAUCCGGAUGACGCUCAUCUUGCCGAUUUCGGCGGGGGGUCGAGAUUCAAUCCCGUACGACUUGGGAGUGUCCGAACCCGAAUCGAAUCCUGUUUCCCGUGCAAAAAGAUGCACCGGGAGGCCGUCUGCUUCCUCACCCGAACAAUCAAUCAAUUGUGCCGCUGCAGAUCCCAAUCAAUGGCAAGCUCAAGUUCCUUCCAGGAGUAGGUCGCGGUGGAUUCGCAGGCUGAAAAGAGCAUGGCGGUCCAGUCUGACGGGAACCCUGUAGAGACGACGACCAAGGGCCUAGACGAGGAGAUCAAGAAGAAGAAGAAGACGAUCUUGCGUGAGGUGCCACCGAGCGACGUGAAGUAUGUCAUGUCCUACAAGCCAGAGUCCGCAGAGUCCUUCAAGGUGGAGAUGCCCGAGAAGGUCGUCUGCAAGAUGCCGGGCUUUGUGGAGAGCUUUUGUGCCGACAUGGCCGUCCUGGCUGAAAUGGCCGAGAGAUGCGACCCGAUCAUGCUCGAGAAGCAGAAGAACUAUAGGCAGCAGUUGAAGACCUAUGGCAAAGUCUUCUACGAGGUCGAGGUCGACGACGACUACAAGGAGGAAGGAGCUCCUUUGCAGGAUCAACCGGGAGGGCGGAGGAGGCACCGCCCCGGCGUCAUCAAGACGCAAGCAGGGCAGACCAAGAAGCUGAAUUAGAUCGAGUUACUCGCUCUGUUUCCUUUUAUUAAACAUUUUGACAAGUCAAUUUGGCUCACCAAAAUAACCUGUAUAGAAAGAAGACAGAGGGAUUGUACUCUUGGAUUGUUGAGAAUUGUAGGCGUGAUCAUCACACUGAAAUUCCAUGUUUAUGGAGUAUGUUUU